AUGGAGACAAAACGGACUGGCUGGUGGUCCUGCCCCCAGGAAAUUCAGGACAUGAUCCUCGACGAGGUUACCAGGGACAGAAACAGCUCCAUCGCUCAUUGUGCCGCUGUUUGUAGGAGCUGGCAACAAGUCAUCGAGAAGAAAACUUUCGCCCGACUGACAGUUACAUUGAAGAGAUUGGGCGACUUCAGUAGCAUGACCAAAAAGCGACGGCAUCUUAUCAAAAACGUCUGGCUUUCCAUUGACUGCGCAGCAGUUGGCCGGCCUACAGACUUUGCGCUCUACAAGACUAUCAGCUCCCUGCUCCUGGAGCUUAGCAAAUGGGAAGCUCGUGGGGAGUUUCACCUCGAGAUCAGUGUUCGCUGGGCAGCAGACUCGCACCAGUGCUUUCAGUAUCUCCAGACUGGCUCGGAUAUCCACCAUAGGGAAGAGCCGGACCGUACAAUUUCUCCCGCCGAUCACAGCGAACCAACUCGACGUCUUCAUUCUCACUGUUUAAUGCAUCUAUUUGCGCGGCUAUAUCAUGCUUCGACCCGUUGUCUCUUUCCCGCAGACUUCCCUUCAGUACCAGCUGUCACUAGCCUCCUAGUGCGUCGGCAGACGAAAUGCGAAUGGAUUAGCAGGGAAGGCUUCAAUCGCCUUCUUGAUCUGCUUCCUAAUCUGCGGCAGAUUCACUAUGAGCCUUGGAGAUCCCUGGAAGGCAGGAAUUCAGUUCGCAAGACUCGCAUCACAGUAGAAGGACUGCACAGAGCUAUCUUCAGCCACAAUAUAGCCAAAGUCGUGGUUUUCGGUGACUUCAACGAAGACUUCGAUGAGUGCUGGCGUGCGGAUAGGCGAUGGCACCGCGUACCUAUAUCGUCAAGUCGGACAAACCCUCGCAUGGCAUCACCAGAGAUCGGACAGGCUUUUGCCCAAAUCUCUCGCCCCCUCGUCCAUCUUUCAUUGUCAUUUGCAGCAGAUGCAAGUGACUUCUUCGAAACCUGUCAGCGCAGCUGGGUUUGGACGAGGCUGACCUCUCUUGCGCUCACAUCCAAUCUCUUGGCCCCAAAAAAGGACCCCAAGAUAGUCAACGACAUGCUUGAGAAGGCCGGCAUCGUGGCGCUACAAAUGCCAAAACUAGACGUCAUGGAGCUGUGGAACGGCAGAAGGGGUCUCGCUUGUGUCUUCCGGUAUCAAGCCUCUAGGGAUCGCGCAGGCCACAACGCAAAAAUCACAUGGCGAAGCACCUGGCCUCUGUCACACGGGGAUGCGAUCCAUCAUUUGCAGCUUGUGAGCGAGGUGAUCCGCCCGGUGUCGUUGUGGCAGAUCAGGUAUGAGUCGCGGUUUUUGAUCGACGGGGCCAGUAUUGGAAGAGAAGCUCCGUGUUGUUUGUUAAACUUGCCUGGGCGAAUGGUUUGA